AAUAGCGCCUGUGGAAGUUGCAGUAUUGACGCCACAUAACGCCUCUCACGUGACGAGGAAGUCAUGAUGUGGCCGGACGACGGAAGCCGAGAGGGGACACUUCAUUCACAAGUUGGUCUCCUGUGAGUGCUGCUAUGGCUGAACGAGGGGAUGUGCUCUGCCUGUUUGAUGUGGACGGCACAUUGACAGCUCCUAGGCAGAAAGUCACUAGUGUGAUGGCAGAAUUUUUACAGAAUUUAAGGAAAAAAGUGAAGGUUGGAGUUGUUGGAGGUUCGGAUUUUGAGAAAAUUAAAGAACAGCUGGGAGAUGAUGUGGUUGAAAAGUUUGACUUUGUGUUUGCUGAAAAUGGCCUGGUGGCAUACAAGGAUGGAACGUUUCUUUGUAAAGAGAGCAUUCAUGCCCACUUAGGAGAAGACCUGUUACAAGAAAUAAUUAACUACUGCCUGGCUUAUAUCGCCAAACUGAAAUUACCAAAGAAAAGGGGAACAUUUGUUGAAUUUAGAAAUGGAAUGCUGAAUGUCUCCCCUAUUGGAAGGAACUGCACCCAAGAGGAACGCAUUGAGUUCUAUGAAUUGGACAAAAAAGAAAAUUUUCGAGAAAAGUUUGUUACAGAUUUGCGGAAGGAGUUUGAUGGGAAAGGCCUAACAUUUUCAAUAGGUGGUCAGAUCAGUUUUGAUGUGUUUCCCAACGGCUGGGAUAAGACGUACUGCCUAAGAAUUCUUGAAAAGGAGUCAUUCUCCCAAAUCUACUUCUUUGGAGAUAAAACCAUACCAGGUGGUAAUGACUAUGAAAUCUACACAGACCCAAGAACAAUUGGUCAUUCUGUGACAUCGCCUAAAGACACACAGAGAAUUUGCACAGAGUUAUUCUUGCAGUAAACAUUUCUACUUGGAUGCGUUGCAGCUAGGUUGUCAUAAUACUGGAAUAAUAUACUGGAAACUUUGAUAGGAAAUUACCCUUUAGUGGUUUAAUAUGAAGGUGAUGGAUUCAAUAUUCUCUAGUAAUUAUGGAUCAUCUAUGUAUUGUAGUGAUUGAUAAUCAUGGGUACGGUAAUUUUUCAAGCCAUUUGUUUCCAUGUACGUUACUAGGAAGUAGUGUUUUCUUACGUUCUAUGCAUACUGACGUAAAUGCCAGUCAACUGAAUGACUGUUCUACACAAACUGCUGAACACCACUGAUACAAGGUGCUGGUGCACAUCUCGCUCGUCCUAAUACAUUGGAUAUCACCACUAGGAUAUAAUUCUAUAGUAGGGGCCUCACUAUAAGUGCAUCUUCCUCAAAUGAAUAGCCCAGUUUUUUUUGUCUGUCAUUUGAUAUAGCAGCAGUUUACGUUCCAAAGCUGCUUUCCCUACAGAAAUUGGGGACAGGAAGUCCUUAGGUUAUGUUCAGACAGCAGUAUAUCUGCAAUUCUGCGUUCUCAAAACACAACACUAAAAUUUCAAAGCCCCCUUAAAGUCUUCAAUGGGAUUCUACCACGGACCUCCGCAAAAGACUUGUCCUUAAAUUUUGAGGAAUUGCCACUGUGUGAAUGGGAUAGCGGAAGGCAAUUAAAGGGGUACACAAGUAGAUAACUCUUUUUUUUUUUCCCAACUGGUGCCAGAAAGUUAGACAGAUUUGUAAAUUACUUCUAUUUAAAAAAAAAUCUUAAUCCUUCUAGUACUUAUUAGCUGCUGAAUACUACAGAGGAAAUUAAUUUCUUUUUGGAACACAGAGCUCUCUGCCUACAUCUCUGUCCAUUUUAAGAACUGUCAAGAGUAGGAGAAAAUCCCCAUAGAAAACAUAUGCUGCGCUGGACAGUUCCUAAAAUGGACAGAGAUGUCAGCAGAGACCAGUAUGUUCCAAAGAGAAAAGAUUUUCCUCUGUAAUAUUCAGCAGCUAGUAAGUGCUGGAAGGAUAAUUCGGAUGUGUGAACAUAGCCUAAGGGUACGUUCAGACGGGUGGCUCCACCGUGUAUUUUACGCUGUGGACCUGCCAACAAUGGACCCCUACAGGGUGACUCAGAUGUGCCUGCUCGGAGUGGCAAUUCAAUGAGGGUCUCGGCACGCAUGGGUGGUAUACUCUCACAUUGCGUCAGCUCUCGGCCUAGCUCAGGGAGCAGGGGGGUGUGGCUGUGAUGUGUGCAAGUACACCGAGCAUGCGCAGCGACUUACUUAUCGCAGCAGUGUGUCUGUUCGUAGCGGCAUAUUGCCGCUGCAAGCAGGCACAUCUGAGUCACCCUGUAGGGGUCCAUCGGCGGCGGAUCCACAGCAUAAAAUACGCUGUGGAUUCGCCCAUCUAAGGCUGGAUUUCUGUGUGGUAUUGUUUUUUUUUACCUUGGCACUGCAGUUUGAACCAAAGCCAGAAGUUUAUUCAACUGAAAAGGGAAAUAUAAAAGGAAGGACUUAUACUUCUCCUUCCCACUGACUCCACUUCUGACUGUGCCUCACAGAAGUGGAAAUCUAGCCUAAGGGUACGUUCACACGGCUGGAUUUUUCUACCCAUUGGGGUACAUUUAUUAGUCAGUGUAGGUGUACUAAAGUCAUACACAGAUUUUGAUGGUGUAAUUGGAGUGUACUAGCACCAAAUUUCUAAAAUGGUGCAGGGCAUGUGAUAAAUAUGGCGCUAGUACACUUUUUUGGAAAAUUUCACUACAGGACACCACUUUGUAUGGUUCCUUCUCUGCAACUUUUUGGAGACUUUUCACCAGUGUGACUUUUAUGAAACUUUUUUUUUGUAAAUGUUGUCUACAGCCAGCUUUUUUUAAGCCAGGUCUGGGCUGGUGUAUAAUGCUGCGGCCAAAUGUUAGCUAAAAAUCAAUGUCAAUAGGGAAUUAUAAGAUGCCAAACCCACUUAUUUUAUUUUUAUUUAUUUUUUGAUUUUUUAAAUACUCUUCUUGGGCCCAUAUGAAAGACUUGUCAGGGAAAAAUAGCUACAAAAACUGCAUCUCAGGAGUGCAAAAUUACAUGGCAGUCUUGUGUGUGAGCGCGUUUUAUUUUUAUUUUUUUUACAUUUUUUUUUUUUUUUUUUUGUGAAAAAGCCCAAAAACCUGGAACCUAGUCUAAGGAGAACAUGACAACUACACUCACACGAUGGCUGAUUCUGAAAAGCUUCCUGAAAUAACAUGUAUGGUACUCUCUAUAGAAAACUGCUUUAAUGUACUCACAAACAUGGUGUUAAGUGCAAGUGUUUUCCCAUUAGAGACCAUGCUAAAACAUUUUCCUAGAGUUGUCCCUAACCUCAAACUGUAUUCUGAGAAGAGACUAUAUUCUACCUUAAAGUGGUUUAUAUAUGUAGCAAGAGUUAUGGAACCAUCUUCCAAACCAUCUUUAUAUUUACAGGAAUUUUGCCUACACCAAGUAGGAUGUCUUAGCUCAUAUGUGCUUCUUACAUAAGGACACCAGUUCAUAGCAGUCAGGCAAAACCAGUUCUCAAAUGGAUGUCACCUUAAGGAUAAGUUUCCACUUGUUUUUUUCCUGGCAGUUUUUGGAAUACUGCCACUGCAGUUUUUGAGCCAAAGUCAGAAAUGUAUUCAAAAGGAAUAGGACAUAUAAAGAAAGGACUUAUACUUCUCCUCCCUUAUGGAUCCACUUCUGACUUUGGCUCAAACUGCAGUGGCAGAUAUCCAAAAACUGCCAGAAAGAAAAAAAAAAAAGUGGAAACUUAGCCUUAGGCUUCCUUCAGACUUUUCUUUUCUAGGCCUAAAAAAAAAAAACCUACUAAAUACUGCCUUUUUUUUUUGUCCUAUGUGAAUUUUUGUGCUCACAGUUGUGUUUGGAAUGAAAUGCAAUGGCUGCUCCCUCGCUAAAGACCAAAAGGACUGUGCACUUAAAAUUCAACCUGCCCAAUCUUAGUCUACCAGUGCUGCAAAAAUCAGCAGGUUUGGCUCAUGUACUAACUAGGUCUGAUGUGGCCAGCUUUAGUCUAGUACUGCAUUCCUUGCUGGCUUAUUCUGAUCAUGUGCUCUUUACAUCAAGCACUGUACUGUAAGCUAAUGUAGUAUACAGUCUCUGCAGCCAGGCUUGUUAACAAUUUCCAAGAGGAACCAGCAGAAUUGGAAAUGAAGCUGUGUACCAUAAUAAAAGAAGGUUGUUUUUUUUGGAUCUGUACAAGAUUUUAUAGGCACAAAGUCAAGUAACAUUAAAUUACAGAGUAUACUUAUGUAUAAACUAAAAUGGUGGGCAGUUUUUUGUUUUACAGAGGUCAACUAGUGUGAAUAUAAAAUGAUUACCUUCUUAUUUAACUUUUUUUUUUUUUUUUUUAAAUGACCAAGUUUUUAAAAUGUUUCUGUAAUAUUUCAAAUAUGAACCAAGAUAAUCAUGUUCAACUUGGCCCAAAAAUUUCAGACUGCAUCUUUCAGAAAGAAAAGUUUGCUAAUUUUAUAUAGUGGGGCAAUAUUCCCAUACCUUUGCACUUUUUAGAAGAAAGCCUAUCACACAUGUUUGCACAAACAGUACAUAUAGUCUUGUACCUCUGAAAUAGAAAAUGAAGCAUUUCUCACAGAAAAGGAUUGCAGUAACACAUGUUUUGCUAUACACGUUUAUUCCCUUUGUGUGUGUUGGAACUAAACCAAGAAAUGGAGGAAAAAAGCUAAUUGGACAUAAUGUCACAACAAACAAAAAUGGGCUGGACAAUAUUAUUGGCACCCUUAUAUUUGGUUGCACACCCUUUGGAAAAAAAUAACUGAAAUCAUUGGCUUCCUAUAACCAUCAAUAAGCUUCUUACACCUCUCAGCCGGAAUGUUGGACAACUCUUCCUUUGCAAACUGCUCCAGGUCUCUCUUAUUGGAAAGCUCCUUUUCUUAACAGCAAUUUUAAGAUCUCUCCACAGGUGUUCAAUGGGAUUUUGAUCUGGACUCAUUGCUGCCACUUCAGAACUCUCCAGAGCUUUGUUGCCAUCCAUUUCUGGGUACUUUUUAACAUAUGUUUGGGGUCAUUUGGGGAGAUUUAUCAAACUGUAGGAGAAAAACUGGUGUGAUUUUUCUACAGCAGCCAAUCACAGCUCAGCUUUCACUUUACCAGAGCACGUUACCUGAGCUGUGAUUGGCUGCUGUGGGACAAUCACUCCACUUUUUCUCUCACACAGUUUGAUAAAUCUGGGUCAUUGUCUCAGUCACAAACCCAGCUUUCUGACACUGGGCUGUAUAGUGUGACCCAAAAUCCCUUGGUAAUCCUCAGAUUUCAUGAUGCCUUACACACAUUCAAGGCACCCAGUGUGAGAGGCAGCAAAACAACCCCAAAACAUCAUUGAACCUCCACCAUAUUUCACUGUAGGUACUGUGUUCUUUUCUUUUGUAGGCCUCAUUCUGAUUUUAGUAAACAGAAUAAUGUGCUUUACAAAAAAAGCUCUAUCUUGGUCUCAUCCGUCCACAAGACGUUUUCCCAGUUCUAUUCGGCAAAAUGUAGUCUUGCUUUUUUAUGUCUGUAUCAGCAGUGGGGUCCUCCUGGGUCUCCUGCCAUAGCGUUUCAUUUCAUUUAAAUGUCGACGGAUAGUUCUCGCUGACAUUGAUGCUUCCUGAGCCUGCAGGACAGCUUGAAUAUCUUUGGAACUUGUUUGGGGCUGCUAAUCCACCAUCUGGACUAUCCUGCUUUCACACCUUUCAUCAAUUUUUCUCUUCCGUCCAUGCCCGGGAAGAUUAGCUACAGUGCCAUGGGUUGCAAACUUCUUAAUAAUGUUGCGCACUGUGGACAAAGGCAAAUCUAGAUCUCUAGAGAUGGACAUGUAACCUUGAGAUUAUUUUUCCACAAUUUUGGUUGUCCAUGAACUUCUCUCCUUAUCUGCUUUAAGGUAGGUUUUUAUUUUAUUUAUUUUUUCAUAUUGCCCACACCUGUUACUCGCCCCAGGUGAGUUUAAAGGAGCAUCACAUGCUUGGAACAAUUUUAUUUUCCCACAAUUUUGAAAGGGUGCCAAUAAUUUUGUCCAGACAAUUUUUGGAGUUUGGUGUGACAUUUUGUCCAAUUUGCUUUAUUCCCUCCUUUUUUUUGGUUUAGUUCCAAUACACAAAAAGGGACUAAACGUGUAUAGCAAAACAUGUAUUACUGCAAUCCUUUUCUGUGAGAAAUACUUCACUUUCCUGAAAUAUUUCAAGGAUGCCAACAUUUAUGGCCAUGACCGUAUACAAGGCUAUUUGUUUGAAAACAAAGUUUUUGCCGCAAUUUAUGCUUAAUACUGAAACUAAUAACAUGUGAAUAAACUUAUGGAUGCUGA